ACUCUGCGUGACAUAUUUCAUUGCUUGAUCUGAUUUACGUUGUGUAAAAUUCUGAUUUUUUUUUAAAUAGCUUAGAAUUUUUUAGAAUUACUUGUUAAAGACUUAUAAUAAAAUAUGGAUAGAAUAUUGAAAGGUGUCAUGAAAUAUCGAAAUUGUCACAGAGAGGGAAUGGUAAAACAAUUCCAGAAAGUUCGAGACCAUCCAGAGCCAAAGGCGGUAUUCUUUACCUGUAUGGACUCUCGGAUGAUCCCAACUAGAUUUACGGAAACAAACGUUGGAGAUAUGUUUGUCGUGAGAAAUGCAGGUAAUAUAGUUCCACAUUCGCAGCAUUUUGCGGAUGAAUUAACAAUGUGCGAACCCGCUGCAUUAGAACUAGGAUGUGUCGUUAAUGACAUAAGGCACGUUAUAGUUUGUGGACAUAGUGACUGUAAAGCUAUGAAUUUGUUGUAUGCAUUAAAGGAUGAAGAAUUUGCAUCGCAAAUGAAUCGAAGAAUAUCACCUUUACGAGCCUGGCUUUGCGCUCAUGGUAGUAGCAGUUUAGCAAAAUUUCAGCAACUGGAAAUUACAGGAUUUCAUGAGCCUAUCUUAUUUCAAGCCGAAACGCCUUUGAGAAAAUUUGUGGCUUAUAUAGACCCGGAAAAUAAGUUUUCCAUACAAGACAAAUUAUCACAGAUCAACACAUUGCAACAGCUCCAAAAUGUGGCAUCAUAUGGUUUUUUGAAGAAACGAUUGGAACGACACGACCUACACAUUCACGCUCUUUGGUUCGAUAUUUAUACCGGUGAUAUUUACUACUUUAGUAGAGCCAACAAAAGAUUUGUAGAGAUAAGUGAGUUGACUGAGACUCCUCUUUUGAAAGAGAUCAAAAAGUACUACUCUUGAAGGCUGGCACCAAGAAUCUGCAUUUGGAUUUUUUUAAGAGACACAGGCAUUGGAAGCUAUUGCUGGAAAUAGCUUAAACAAUGUUCUGGACAAUAUUCUGCUACAGGCUUUUCUCAAAUGACGCAGCUCUUCUCUAUAGCUGGUCAGGAAGGAAGAAGCCAAAAUCUUCUCUUGAAGACACUAAUUUCACAACAGUAGAUGCAUAGGGGGGUUUCUAACGCAAGAUUCCUACCUUACCGGCAUUGAGAAGCUUCGACCUGUAGUGGUUCGUGCCCGUGCUAAGCUUCAAGAACGUUCUCGAAGGAUCCUGAUGACGUCACGAUUACGCAAU